CGUUGGUCUCAUGGUCUGUGGUCAGUUCUAGUCGCGCGCAUCUCUCUCGCGCCGAGUUACUUCCGUUUUAAAUAUAGAACGUUAUCUUUUAUUUAAAAUAUUUUUUAUACGAACCAUAGCGAAACUCUUUUUUAAUCGCCUUCUUAUUAACACUUCAGUGAAUCGUGUUUGGAGCUCUCGCCAAUUAUUUUUUUUUUAUCAGUGUUAUUUUUUCUAGUUACCUACGAAUAAAAUACAACGUCAAUAUAAUUGCCGGUAUUAAUAUAAGUAGUAAUAAGUGUCUGCUUAUAUUGUUAGUGAAAUUUUAAUUAAUAAGAAAAAAAAUUACGGCUUAAAUCAGAAGUAACAAAUUGGAACUCAAGCGUUUAAUUUUAUAAAUUGCAAACAAAAACAACUGAACAAAAAUUCGUUACAUUUGUGUAUUUCAAUACAGUGUCUUCAUUAUUAAAAGUAAAUUUGUGUUAAAAUAUAAAAAUAAAGACAAUGUACGGAGUGUUAUAAUAUUUAUCAUAAGAUAAGUGAAAAAGUUUCAAAACAAUAUCGAAAUGAGGUGGAUUAUCAUUUUGUUUUUAAUACCUGCACAGACGCAGUUCUUGGGAGCGCCGCAAAAUGUUGCGAGUUCGCCAUGCACAGACAGGAACCACAUAUUCCUGGCUCCCGGGGUGCUGACGGCGGGCGGCAGCAGCAGAGCCUGCGUCUCCCGGUUCCACGUGGACGGCCCGGCGCGGCUCCUCCUCACCCUACUCACUGAUGACGGAACCGUCACUGCAUCCAGGGAUUUAGCACCUGGUGACGGAGGCUGCCUGGAUAUUUCGGUGCCUUUGAAACCUAACACUAGAGCUGAACUUAAUGUUAACAUACGGUAUCCGGAAGCAAACUGCGCGUGGGAGCGCCGCGUACCAGUACGCAUAGCCAGCGGGCGAGUGGUGGUGGUGCACACGGAGCGGGGACGUUACCGGCCGGGGGACACGGUUCGAUUCCGGGCCGUGGCGUUUAAGGCUGACCUCUCGCCUGCGCAUACCAAUAUCGAGGAGGUCUGGCUAGAAGGCCCCCGAGGCGCCUGGGACGGGGUGAAGACGGCGCAGUGGCAGCGAGUGAGGACCAGGCUGGGGCUGGCGCAGCUGCAGCAUCAGCUGGAUGAACUGGCACCGCCCGGCAAGUGGACCAUCAGGGCUCGACUGGCAGAUGGCGCCCAGGGCUCCACCUCGUUCUCAGUAGGCAACUACGAGCUGCCGCCCUUCCAGCUGACGGUGCGGCACGCGCCCGUGGUGCUGAGGAGCAGCGAGCGGCUGGUGUGGACUGUCUGCGUCAGAUACCCGUGGUCGGAGGCGGUGGAGGGCAUGCUGGUGAUCCGGCUACGCGGCGCGGGGGGCGCGGGGGGCGCGGGCGCCGGCGUCCGCACCGCCGUCCGGCUGCGCGCGCCCAAGGCCUGCCACCGGCACGCCGCCGCCACCAAGCGCAUCGGCCUGUCCGGCGCCGCGCCGCCCGACGUCAUCGUGGCCGACUUCUCCUUCCAGGAGGAUGGAACCCACCUGUGGCAGAACACAACAGUGAUCUCACAAGUGGUGGACGAGCCCGUCAAAAUAGAGUUCCUCACGAAACAUCGCGCCGUCAUAUCGCCCGGACUACCGUACAAGAUUAAAGUGAAGGCAUCUCGCUGGGACGACAAGCCAGCGGUCAACGAAAGAGUGACCGUGUGUCGCGCGCCGGCCGCGUCCGCUGAACCUGCAGCCUUCAACGCCACCACAGCCCCCUGCAUGGACGCCGUCACAGACGCCAAGGGCAUCGGCAGGGUCAUGUUCACCGCUGAUGAUGACGGGAAACCUUACUAUCAUUUUCAAGCGCGUUUGCACAACGCCACAGCUCACCUAGUAGCGCGGUGCUCGGCCUCGCUCGGACGCGCCGCGCUGGGCGCCCUGCGCACUGACGAGCGCGCGCGGACGCUGCUGCCGGUCUACCUCAACCUGGGCCACCUCACCACGCCUCUCACGGUGCACUUUGUGGUAAUCACCCGAGGCGGUGUCAUCUACCGCUGGGGCGCCACCACCCAAUGCCCCAUCACCAGCGUCACAGACCAAAUCCAAACCACCGACCGGAACAGUAUUUGUUCGAACAGAAACUUCGGGAAACUUGGAAUACCCAACAAGAUGCUGGAAGGCAGGAACUCUUCUGAGCUGGAUAGCCUUCUGGACAGGCAUUUGUCCAAGGUGAUGUUGCCGAUCAAAGUCAGCCACCAGAUGUGUCCGGACAGCCACUUGAUCGCGUACUUCUACCAUAACGACGAGCUGGUCACCGCGAGCAAACACUUCGAGAUGGACGAGUGCUUUGCCAAUAAGGUAGAAGUGUCCUGGACAGCCCGUCAAACGCUCCCCGGGUCAGUAGCGUCGCUGCAGAUCUCCACGCCGGGCCCGGCUCUGUGCGCGCUCACGGUGCUGGACACGGCGGCCCGGUGGCUGCAGCCGCCCGACAGCGUGCGCCGCCUGCUCAUGGCGGGGCUGCGGCGCAUGCUGGACGGCCACAGGAACUUGACGGAGCAUGACGCCGCCGGGAGCUGCUUCCUCACGUCCGAUGCCCCCGAGUUGCCCUCGUCCAGCAUCGCGCUGAUGAGCAGCUGGCUGGCGGCAGCAGGGGUACGGUUGCUGGGCGGAGGCAGUUCACCGGCGCCCUGCAGCACUGCGCCAGCACACUUGAUGGCUGAUGAUGCACACGUUCCAAGGAGUGACUUCUCUGAGUCUUGGCUGUGGCGGCUGGCGGCGGUGGGCGCCAACGGCUCAGCGCUGGUGUCCGCGCGCGCGCCCGACUCUAUCAGCAGGUUCGAGGCCUCCGCCUUCUGCCUCGCUAAGAACGGCGUCUCGGUAUCCCAGCCUGCUGUUCUACAGGUGUUCCGCGAGUUCUUCAUCCACGCGGACGGUCCGCGGCGCCUGCGGCGCGGGGACUCCACCGUGGUGCCGUAUCGCAUCUUCAACUAUCUGUACCAAGCCCUCAGUAUUAAAGUACAAACCUUAACGGACAAUCUGCUAAGCGGUCCAACCAACGUAGAGACUGUCUGCAUCCAGCCGCGCUCGUCUGUCGCCAGACGUCUGGAAGUGUCCGCCAGACAGACUGGCAGCGCAAGGCUUCGCAUCAAAGCUUUUACAGCCAAAGACCAGCGCUGCUCCAACCACACUGCUGGCAAGAAUGUCAGUGACGAAGUAGUAAUUCGGAUCGACGUGGAGGCGGAAGGCGUGCCCACACAGGAGUACAAGUCAGCUAUGUUAUGUGCCAAAGAUAGUUUUAGGCUAACAAACGCACCAGUAGUAUGGAAAUGGUCUCAAGUGAAGCCGGUGCAGGGAACCGAAUCUGUGACCGUUUGGGCCACUGGCAACACUAUUGCGCCAUUGCUAGCUGACGCUGAUGCCCUGGUGCAGCUGCCCAGAGGUUGCGGCGAGCAAAACAUGGCGCGCCUGGCCACCAACCUGCUGGCGCUGGGUUACCUGGAGCCGACCUCCACCGCCGCCAUGGUCGCCAAGGAUCAUGUCGCUAGAGGGUUCACCCGCCAACUGCAGUACGCGCACCCAGCCGGCGGGUUCAGCGCGUUCGGCGCGGCGGACGGCGGCGCGUCCACGUGGCUCACGGCCUUCUGCGUGCGAUACUUGCGGAGAGCGCACCGGGUUAUUUCUGGUGACGCCCCGGUCCCUCCGGCAAUUUUGCACGCGGAGCGAUGGCUGAGAGCUCAACAAAUGGAAAACGGCUGCUUCAGAAAUGAGGGCCACGUAUUCCAUCAUGAACUUAAGGGAGGGCUGGAUGAAGACGGGAAGAUAUCAAUCGUGGCCCUGACAGCAUACGUAGUUACUUCACUCCUAGAAACGCCUAACUUUUCGACAAAACUCGUAAAAAGCUCCCUCUCAUGCCUCCGAGCUUUACCACCCCCUAAAACCAAGUCCAAAACCAAUCCUUCAAGAGUCUACGCUCAAUCCCUCAUAACCUAUUCCCUCAUGAGGUUGAGGAGAUAUGAAGGAGAGUCGAGGAGUACAAAUGAGGCCAUCAGCUUAAAUAGUAGCGGUGAUGCUGGUCUGAAGCAAGAUGAGGAGUUGAGGGAACUGGUGGAAUUGCUUAGGAUGGCCAGGAGAACUGAGGAUUACGUUUGGUGGGAAACUGGUAACCUGGCCACGUCGACGGAAGCGACAGGGUACGCGCUGCUGGCGCUUUCAGAGUGCCCGCCAGCCCUGCGCGACAACUGCGCGGCCGACGUGGCGGGCGCCGCGCGCUGGCUCGCCACUCACAGGAACGCGGCUGGCGGGUUCAGCUCCACCCAGGAUACCCUAGUUGCCCUGGAAGGUCUCUCCCGCUGGAGCGCCUUGCUGCCCUCCGACACCAACGUGACGGUCAGCAUCAGCAGCGGGGGGCACCGGAGACAGUUCCUCGUCAGCUCGACGGACAAGCUGCCGGAAUUAGCCAAGAUGCCUGUGGACGAUCAACUGAAAAUCACUGUUGAGGGCAGAGGGUGCGCGCUGGUGCAGGCGACGCGCUCCUACAACACCCUGCCCCGGGAUGCGCUACAACGGCCCCUGUCGGUGCAGGUGCGCGCCACCACGGACGGGCCCUUCCACUGCGACAACAACACCGUCUGCUUCUGCGCUGCCACUGUCGAGGCGUGCGUGUCGUGGGUGGGCGCCUUCCCCGAGAUGGCGCUGCUGGAGGUGGCGCUGCCCGGCGGGUUCGGCGCCGACGCGGCCUCGCUGUACGCGCAGCUGCAACCGAACGACACGCUACUCCGUCGCAUAGAACUAUCCCCUAACAGCGGUAAAGCGACACUGUACCUCGGCUCACGUGACGGAAGCGACACGAUAUCUCGCGCCGGCCACCAGUGCUACAAGAUUCACGCAGUGGGCCCCAAGGCGAGAACCAAACCUGCUCACGCCAAAGUUCUGGACUAUUACCGACCUCAUAUUAAGAAUACACAAAUGUACACAAUAUCUGAAGACUGUCCAUCCCGAAUAGUCGACGAUACCAACAACUAUCAUGCAUCAGACAAUCUCUUCAACAGAGCCAAGUCUUUAACAGACAGUGAAGAGAUACUUAUAACAGAUGAAUUCUCCUUUGAAGACAUACCUGAAGGUAUUACACUUGAGGAACCGUUGUACGAUAAUUUAACCAAAAGAAACAAAAAUCAGAAUGCAAAACAUUCAAACGAUCAGUUACCAACAGAAAAUAAUGCGAAGAACAUAAAAAGUACUAAUAAACUCUACACAAAUGUACAAAAUAAUACAAAAAUAAAUCAAAUAAGGGACGAAAAUGAAAUUAUAAUUGAAAAUGUUAAUGUUUCAAAUGUCAGUACAUUAGUCAAUAAUCACGAAAUAUAUUACAAAAUCACUGAAGAUAAAAAAAAGAACGGCGUCACAGAAGCUGAGACUGACUUAAGUGUAAAUGUGAACGUUGAGAAUAACACUCCAAAAGUUAAUGAAUAUGUAAAUAGUGCGACAAGUAAAAAAGAACUAAAUAAUCAAGUUUAUUUUAAUAAAGAUAUAGAAAGUGGUAUAAGCUUAAAUGAAACUAUGAAAGAUGAAAAUGAAAUACCAAAAGAAAAUCAAGCAACUAUAAAUGUCCUUACACAUGAUGACAGUAAUCCUGAAACAGAGUACAAAAUCAAUGGAGAUAGCAAAUUGAAUAAUGUUAAGCAAUUUCAAAAUGUAAUUAUUCAAGAAAUAAAUAGCAGUAUGGACAUAGAUAAAUCUAAGAUUUAUAAUGAAGUUAUUCGUGAUACUUCAAAUGUUGAGAGUUACAAUAAUCACGAGGAUACAUUUAAAGUGCACAAUACUGAAGAAAAACUAGCGGUCGACAACCCUUCGCUGACGAGUUUCCAUGUCAUAGAUUCAGACAAAGACCUUGACGUGCCGACGGGUUACGAAGGACCUAUUCCUGCAAUAGUGUUGCCACCAAAGAAUUUUGUACCUCCACCAGAAAUAGUUCCGCCAAUAAACCCGCAUUCGACUUGGAGAAGAUUUCCUGAAGUUCCCUACAGCCCAUACUACCAACCGGUUUACUAUAAGCAAAACUAUUAUUUUAAUAACUAUAAACCAGUGUUGCCACUUUAUAAAUGAUGUUAUCUCACUUUAUGAUUAGUUGUGUAAAUAAAUAAAACGUGUAAUUAUAAAGGUCAAAAUAUAAAUGACGCAUUUAUAUUGUUUAAGAUGUUAACAGAUUUAUUACUGAGUAUCAGUUAAAUAUCUAGAUAUAUUUUUAGUAUUUAUUAAUGUAAAUGAGAAUGAAUAAUACAAGACUGAUAAGCUUUUACAUUACAUGGAAUUUAUUAUGAAUAUUAAUAAAAAUUGAAAUUCUAUUUUUAACUUGUCCUGGCUUUCGUCACUAGAUGAUGGUCGGCCUGAUUUAAAAUAGUAUUUUGUUUAUACAGAAAUAAUAAUUAGGUUAAUUAUUAAGGCAGCUAUAAAAUAGGCUGUGAAGUUAUUAGGUUAUUUAAUUUAAUAAAAAUAUAUGAAUUUACCGUU